GCUUUCGCUUUAAAAUAAUUUUCUUUAGUUACCUACUGCCGCCCGAUUCUUCGCCUAUCCCCCUCAGUGGGUACGAGCCAUGAUAGAGAUUCAUCAUCAUCAUCAUCAAGCAAGCGCACGAUCGUAGCGCGUGGCAGUAUUUCAUCUACUAUCGCGUGGCGCUCGAGGCAUCAUCAGAAGAAGCGUUCGACGCCCGGCCCCGAUGGUACCACUGGCGCAAAAGUAAAGUAUGUCGGUGGUCGCCCCGCUGAAGUCGCUGGACGAACUCAUCCGCUACAAACGACCGCCGCUAUGCGUAGUGGAGCCGCUGAGAGACAUAGAGCGGGGCGAGCCGGGACGCCCGAAAAUCCUCUACUGCCACGACACGGACAUCUACCUGGAAGACAAGUAUGUCUAUGGCAGCAACAAGAUGGACAGCUACCGUUUCUACCACUGGCAAAUCAUCGACACCUUUGUGUACUAUUCGCACCACAUGGUCACAAUACCUCCUCCAUGCUGGAUUACAGCCGCCCACAAGCACGGAGUCAAAGUAUUGGGUACCUUUACCUUGGAACCGGAUGAAGGAAUCAAGGCCGUCAACAAGAUCAAGGGUGGCAACCAAAUUGCUGCAGUCGCCUCUCAGCUGGCACUCAUUGCUGCUCGGUCCAGGUUUGAUGGAUGGCUUGUCCGCAUCGCGACGAGAAUGGAUGGCAGCGCCGGCCGCUUUGUCAACGAGCUCCUUACUGCCAUCGCCCAAGAGACGCACCGUUCCGUGCCCGGCUCCACUGUCAUCUGGCAGGACAGCAUCCUGCCCAACGGAACAGUUGAGCCGCAGAGUGAAUUAAACGACAGAAACUGGGGCUUCUUCAACAUGUGUGAUGGAAUCCUCCUGAACUACCAAUGGAACGAGAGCCUGCUUCAAAACUCUGCCAACAGGGCAGGCAAACGCAAGGGAGACGUCUACGUUGGCGUCGACGUCUUCGCGCGGGACACGUGCUACAAUGGCGGCUAUGACAUGCACAAGGCUGUUGCAAUUGUCCGUGGCUAUGGGUUGUCCGCUGCCAUACUUGGUGCCGGCUGGGUCGUUGAGAAACAGGAAAAGAAGAAGUUCACGGAGAACCAGUGUCUGUUGUGGGCCCUACCGGAUGACUGCAGCUCAGAGUGGCGCGCCAAGACACUACCCCUGUCCACCACGUUCUGCCAGGGAUUUGGCACCAGCCAGUACAAGCAAGGCCAGGCUGUCAUGUCGGCACCAUGGUUCAACCUGUCCAGGCAAGAGCUCCAGCCCCGAGACCAGGGAAUGAUGCUCUGCGGGGGCGGAGGGUCAGCCAUGGUGCACACGGCAGAGGCGUACAAGGGCGGUGGCUGCCUCCGUUUGGCUUACGAUCCAAAACAGGCGCCAGGUUCCACUGUCAUCCCUUACUUCAGGCUGUUUGGCUGUGACCUGCCACUGGGCUCUCUGUGCGUCAGCUACACGUACAAGACGCCGAGCUGUCUAGCAGGGCACGACAUCAACCUGAUUUUGAAAGUCAGGGAUGCGACAGGCAAGCGAGAAGAGUUGUCCAUAGGAUCAAUCAUCACCGUGCCUCAGGGAGGCAACUACAUUGUGAAACGCGACAUUUCCAACAACCCCCAAGGCGACCCGGGUAGCUCUGCAACCCUUUGGUUGACAAGGAAAUACCAUGUCAAGGAUGCCACAGGCUCUGCGGUUCUCGAGGAAACUGGAAUGGCCUUUGGUUCCCACGAGCAGAACGCAUUCCUCGUGGGGGAACUUGUCCUGAAGCGGCCAGACGGCGCAGCCAGCAGCAAAGCGGCGAAGGACUCUGAUGCGGAAGCGUCCAGUGAUGAGGACAGUGCAGGCAGACCAGAGACUGAAGAGAAACUGCAGGAAUGGCUAGCGAAAAGUACCGCGAUGAAUACCGGACAGGCAGACGGCCCAGUUACUUUCGACAUCUCGAUGUCAAGCGACGAAAGCGACUAGUGAAAGCGGAAGCGAUGUGCCACCGAAGUUAUCGCCCAAUGAUAAGAAGCAAUGGCAGUCCCGGCCGCAUGCAGUAGCCAACUGCAAUAAAUUUCUAUCUGUGUAGUUUGUUUGUAGUAGUCUGCUUCAAUAAAACGAGCA